GAUCCGAACUGUUUUGCUGAGUGUUUUCUUUUACAUUUUCCAAAAGGAAAAUGUAAUUAUUUCCCGUAAAAAUCUUUGAUGCACAUUUCCAAUCGUGGCCGCUUCAACAUUUCAACCGGUAAGUGCAUAAAAUCACAUAAUUUUCUUUAAAAUGAGCUUCAUUCGCGGCUAACUUCCGUGUGAAAACCCAACGUAACCUGAAAAACUUCACACCAUCAUCAGAUAAGUUUUGCGAUAAAAUUUUUGUUCGGUUAUUCCCUCAUUACGUGCACAAAAUCAAAAUGAAGUGUUAUUACGAAAUUUUACAAGUUGAUUCUGAAGCAGACGACGGAGAAAUUAAAACUGCGUAUAGAAAAUUAGCUUUAAAAUGGCAUCCAGAUAAAAACCUGGAAAAUACAGAAUUAGCUAAAGAACAAUUCCAGUUGGUUCAACAAGCUUAUGAUGUUUUAAGUGAUCGUCAAGAACGUGCUUGGUAUGAUAAACAUCGAGAUUCGAUUUUAUAUGGGGCCAAUUCUGAUUAUCAAGACGAUAGCUUAGAUGUUUUCCCUUAUUUUACAACGUCUUGUUUUAAUGGAUAUGGGGAUGACAAAGAUGGGUUUUAUGGAGUUUAUGGAAACGUGUUUAGUCAGAUAAAUGAGGAAGAUAUGAAAUUUAUGGAUAAUAAAGACGAAUUUAUUAAUUUACCUCAAUUUGGGAACUCUAUGAGUGAUUAUGAUGAUGUUGUAGGUCCUUUUUAUGAUUAUUGGAUGUCUUAUAGCACUAAAAAAACGUUUACUUGGUUGGACCCAUUUGAUAUACGAGGAAUUGGAACUAGACGAGCUGCUAAAUUAGCUGAGAAAGAAAAUGAGAAGGUUCGACAAAAAGCGAGGAGAGAAAGAAAUGAGGAAAUUAGGAAUUUAGUGGCUUUUGUAAGAAAAAGAGAUAAAAGGGUUCAAGCUUACAGAAAAAUUUUAGAAGCUAAGAAAGUUGAAAAGAGGGAAAAACAACAAAGAUUAACAAAAGAAAAAAAAUUAGAAAGGAUUAAACAAUUAAAUGACUCAGGUAACCAAGCCGAAUGGAUGAAUUUUGAUAAUGUUAAAUCAGAAUUAGAAGAACUUGAAAAAAAUUUAGGAAAAGAAUUCGGUGAUGUUUCAACAGACACAGAUGAUGAAAUUAAUGAAGAGGAAUUAAAUAAUCUAUAUUGCGCCGCUUGUAAUAAAAUGUUUAAAAAUCCAAAUGCCUUUAGGAAUCACGAAACUAGUAAAAAACAUAAAGAAAAUGUUAUUAAAUUAAAAGAAAUUAUGUUGGAAGAUGAGGAAGAAUUCGAAGAUGUUGAAUCUGAUUUAGAAAUAAUUGAAGAAAUUCCACAAAAAUCGAAAAAGAAAAAUAAAAGUAAAAAAAAUAAAAAUGUUUUUGUUCCUAAAACUGAAUAUGAAGUUGAAAAUGAUAUGGAAAAUGAAACUUUGAAUGCAAAUGAUUCAAUUGAUAUAGAAAAGGAUCAAAAUGAAGAUGCUCCUGUGAAGAUUAAAAAAGAAAAACGAAAGAAAAACAAAGUUAAUAAAGAAAGUUCCGGUUCGAAUGGUGCAAUUAAAAAAGAAAUUAAUACUGAUUUGUGUUGUGCUAAAUGUAAGAAUGAAUUUCCUACCAAAAAUAAAUUAUUCGAUCAUUUGAAGAAAACNAGGGACCAAACUACAUAA